AUGCUCGCCAUCGGUCUGGAAGGCUCCGCCAACAAGCUCGGCGUGGGCAUCAUGUUGCAUCCCGAUGAUGGCAGCUCCCCGCAGGUCCUCGCCAAUGUCCGGCAUACCUAUGUCUCUCCUCCUGGCGAGGGAUUUCUCCCCAAGGAUACCGCCCGACAUCAUCGCGCCUGGGUAGUCAGACUGGUCAAGCGAACCCUCCGGGAAGCCCGAAUUUCCCCCGAUGAUGUCGACUGCAUCUGUUUCACCCAAGGGCCCGGCAUGGGUGCCCCUCUUCAGAGCGUGGCGGUGGCCGCGCGCAUGUUGAGUCUGCUCUGGAAGAAACCCCUGGUGGGAGUGAACCAUUGCGUUGGACACAUCGAAAUGGGCCGAUUGAUCACGGGCUCGACCAACCCGGUCGUACUAUACGUCUCCGGAGGAAACACGCAGGUCAUCGCGUACAGUUCACAACGAUACCGCAUCUUCGGUGAAACCCUCGAUAUCGCGGUGGGCAACUGUCUGGACCGCUUUGCCCGAACCCUUCACAUCUCCAACGAUCCCGCGCCCGGGUACAAUAUCGAACAGUUGGCCAAGAAGGGGAAGCAGCUGGUGGAACUGCCCUACACCGUCAAGGGCAUGGAUUGUUCGUUCUCGGGAAUGCUUGCGGCUAUCGACGCCCUUGCCGCAUCGUACGGUCUAGAUGGCCCCCAGAGCGACGAGGCUGUCGAUGCGAAUAGUCCGGCCGCAGUGGAGGCAGGAGAGAAUGGAAAACCGACUCGUGCCGACCUAUGCUUUUCCCUCCAGGAGACAAUCUUCUCCAUGUUGGUGGAAAUCACGGAACGGGCGAUGGCGCACGUCGGCUCGAAGGAGGUACUGAUUGUCGGGGGUGUCGGGUGCAACGAACGGUUGCAAGAGAUGAUGGGCAUUAUGGCUCGAGAUCGCGGGGGAAGUGUCCAUGCCACGGAUGAGCGGUUCUGCAUUGACAAUGGCAUUAUGAUCGCACAAGCCGGGCUGUUGGCGUACAAAACGGGAUUCCGUACGCCGCUCAAGGAGUCCGCCUGUACACAGCGGUUCCGGACGGACGCUGUGUUUGUGAAAUGGCGAGAUUGA